AUGGGGGCGACUGCUGCUUGUGCAGCUGCAGCGGAACAAGUUGUAGUGUUGGACCUCGCAGCAGCGGUCAAUUGUUCCGGAGGGUCUUUCGAGGUGGAUUGGAAAGGAACCAUAGCAGUCGGUGAACUGUUUGACAUCGUCGACGGGACCGCGAUUACCAUGUCGGGCGAAGGCUCGACUGCCGUUAUUGACGGAAACGGGUCGACCCGGCUGUUCAUCGUCGUCAACACUUCCCUGCACUUCAACCAUGUGAACAUCAGCUCGGGUGCUAGCGGGGUUGGAGGGGCUGUCGCUGCAGCGGGGUCCAGCCUGGCGUUCAAUGGCACCAAUUUCGUGGGAAACAAGAGCUCAUACGUGUCCUGUGUGGGGGGCGGAGUGUUCGCCGACAACAGGGCAGCUAUGCACGGCGAGGCCUUGUUCGCGACCGGCACCUCGGAGGUCUCGUGUGGGGGCUCAUGGCUAAACAAUACCGCUGGGAACAGCGGCGGCGUUGUGAGAAUCCACCAGGUCUCGGCCAUGUCGUGGAAGGAUGAAGCGGUUUUCGCCUACAACACGGCCUCAAAGAACAGCGGUUCCGUGAGUCUUUACAACCAGUCGAGCUUGUCCUGGAGUGGAACAAAAUUUCGCGGAACUCUGCGGUUUACAGCGGAGGAGCCAUCAUCGCGGCGAAAUCGAACAUUUCUUGGGACGCCGCUAGUUGGCGCCCGCAGUCAAGAAACAUACUAUAUAGCUCGAUCUGGGUCACACAAUAAGAAAUGUCUCAAUAAGAAACACAGCGGCGACCGCUGCCCUACUAUAUAAGAAACGAAGGUUGACGGGGGAGUCUGUCGAAUAAGAAACUAUAUGUUUGUAAACUGAUGGAGAUUGCAUGUCCUACAACUAAUAGGGUGCGACACACAAAACGCCCGACUACCCAACAGCAGUACCCAACACCUUUCGUCUGCACCUUCCCAACAUAACAUAUAUGAGACACACAAGACAGCUACAAAACUGAUUUGUUGAGCCUGUUACCCACAGGGGAGAUGUCCCUAUAUGCU